CCAUACCGCCGGGGAGACAGAGUGCGAGGCUGGACAGCUAAUUGUUUCCGUGCCACAAAAUCAAACGCGCAGUAGAAAUCAACAAGUGAUCACCAUGUCGGGCGAAGAAACGAAGACUUUCACGCGGGCCGAGGUCGCCAAGCACAACACAAACAAGGACACCUGGCUGCUCAUUCACAACAACAUCUACGACGUCACCGCCUUCCUGAACGAGCAUCCCGGAGGCGAGGAGGUGCUCAUCGAGCAGGCCGGCAAGGAUGCCACAGAGAGCUUCGAGGAUGUUGGCCACAGCAACGAUGCCCGCGACAUGAUGAAGAAGUACAAAAUUGGAGAGCUGGUGGAGAGCGAAAGGACCAGCGUGGCCCAGAAGUCGGAACCCACAUGGAGCACGGAUCAGCAGAACGAGGAGAGCUCGGUGAAGUCGUGGCUGGUGCCCCUGGUGCUGUGCCUGGUGGCCACGCUCUUCUACAAGUUCUUCUUUGGCGGUGCCAAGCAGUAGUAGACCCUCAAUGCCCAGCAGAGACUUUCCAGCCCGCUCCGGAGACUCUUAGAUUAUCCACGAAAGCUCAAAAGUCACAGGAGGAUUAGGAAAUGGAGCGGGUCAGCGGAGCGGGAGCGUUUUUAUAGUAAAUUUGUGCUAAGUUUUAAAGUUAAUUUUGGCAUUUGGCAUUUUUGUACACCCUCUACACAUGUAAUUUCUUCAGAGGACGGUCUAGUGUUAUGUUUCCCAUUGAUAUUUCAACAUUUGAGGCACAAAACGACAACAAAACGUUUUAAUUCACUUGUAUGUACAUUAAACAUAUUUCCAAAUGAAAAGAAA